UGCCCUGUCAGAGACUCUUUAUGCAGCUCUUUGAUUACCAUAGCUCCACCCACUUGCUUAUCCAGUUACUGGUCUCUCCUCAGCUAUUGGAUGAGAGUCCCUAAUCAUGCAAGGUAGUGAAUCCCUGGAGGGGUGGGGUUGGGUCUGAAAGAACUUCUUUGGCAGGCAGAAUAGAGGUUUUAUUGAGGAUAUUUCUAAACUAACCAUCAGGGACCAAGUCACUGGAUUGUAAAAAAAAAAAAAAAAGAGCCAAAUGACUCUGCUCACUCUCCUUCUUUCUCUCUCACUCUGUUCAUUUCUGUGAGCAGCAAGGAGCACGCCAGCUCUUGAGCACCCAGCAGCACACAGAAUGCAAGGAAUCUACCCCCUUAUCUUAGACCAAUGGCCCAAGUACCAGGGGUGAGAGAAGAUCUUUGAAGAAACAGAGGGAGAAAAUAGAAACAGAAAGACAAAAAGAGGGAGAAAGGGAGAACACAAGGGAGAGAAUCACUGAUUGUAUAUUUGGCACAGGGGUUUAGUGUUGUCUUUUUGUCCUCUCAGAGUAUUCAGUAUCCUAGUCCUCUCCUCUCCAUCCCGUGCAGACAAGGUCAUGGGGAGGCUGAGGAGACCGGUGCUCUCCCUGUGCAUACUUCUCAUUUUGUUUGGUGCCGUGGAGCCAGCUGUGCCUCUGGAGGACUUCUACCCAUUUGGCCAGGAUGAUGGUGACUCCCAGACCAUCAAGCAGGAUGAUGGAGGCUCAGGAUUGGUAGCGAUAUCGGUGGAUUUCCCUUUCUUUGGAGAACGGCACACGGGACUCUAUGUCAACAAUAAUGGCCUGGUGUCAUUCCUGAGGGAGGUGUCCCAGUUCACCCCUGUGGCAUUCCCAAUUGCUGGAGACCGAAGGGUGGUGGCUCCAUUCUGGGCAGAUGUAGACAAUCGAUUGGCAGGAAAAGUAUUUUAUAGGGAGAGCAAAGAUCCUGCUAUCCUGAGGAGAGCAACUGCAGACAUUAGCCAGUACUUCCCAGAGUUUCCUAUGUUUGUCACCACUUGGGUGCUAAUUGCUACCUGGUACCAAGUCACAUUUUUUGGUGGCAGUUCAAUCACUCCGGUGAAUUCAUUCCAAGUAGUGCUUAUUACAGAUGGUGAGCUCUCCUUCACCAUCUUUCAGUACCACAAUAUUACCUGGACAACAGGGAUGCAUGUUACCAGUGGUGGUGAUUUAGCAGGCCUGGGGGGCAUAGCUGCACAGGCAGGUUUUAAUGCUGGCGAUGGGAGGCGCUAUUUCAACAUUCCAGGCUCUCGAACAGACGAUAUUGUAGAGGUUGAGACCACAACGAAUGUGGGCUAUCCUGGCCGUUGGGUGUUUCGUAUUGAUGAUGCUCAGGUGCAAGUCGGCAGCUGCAAUGACUCAGCCUCUGUCUGCCCGAACUUGAGGCCUUGUCUUAAUGGUGGCCGCUGCAUUGACGACUGCAUCACUGGCAAUCCCUCUUUCACUUGCUCUUGUCUGGCUGGCUUCACUGGACGUAGGUGCCAUAUAGAGGUUGAUGAGUGCUCCUCAUAUCCUUGUCAGAAUGGGGGCACAUGUGUGGACAAUAUCAACUUCUUCAUAUGCCUGUGUCUCGUGGGAUUUACAGGGACAACAUGUGAGACAGACAUAGACGAGUGCCAAGAAACCCCAUGCCUCAAUGGAGCACGGUGCAUACAGGGUGUGGGCAAAUUCACCUGUGAAUGCCAGGCAGGUUACACAGGGCUCCUAUGCGAGUUAGACAUGAUUGAAUGUGCAUCCAUGCCAUGUUUGAAUGGAGGUGUGUGUGAAGACCUGGUGAAUAACUACACAUGCACCUGUACAGCAAACUUCACUGGAAUCCAUUGUGAAACAGAGUUGGUUGUCAUUGAAAAAUCCUCUACUACUGAUGCUGCAAAUCAGACAGAGGAGUGUCCCUGUCAGAACGGAGGUGUUUGUGCUGAUGUGAAUGGCACCUGCGAAUGUCCGACAGGCUUCACUGGACUCUACUGUCAGUUUGAGGUAACACAAACACCCUGUAUUAACGGCAGACCAUGUCCUGAUGGAGGCCCAUGUUUAGAGUAUGGUGGCACGUACCUCUGCACCUGCCAAACCAGUGCCGACUUUGACCACAAGGACUUCUACCCAUAUGUACAGCCCCGAUCAGCCUGCGAUUCCUCACCGUGUCAGAAUGGAGGGUAUUGCUAUGAGCGAGACGGAGGCUACAUCUGUGAGUGCAAGCAUGGUUUCAGAGGCAAGCAUUGUGAAAGAGUCAGAUUAAGUAUCUGUGCCUCUAGUCCCUGUCGUAAUGGAGGCUCUUGUAAAGAAGAAGCUGACACCUACCGGUGCGUGUGUCCCUACCGCUUUACAGGGAAACACUGCGAAGUGGGAAAGCCUGACCCUUGUGCUUCCAGUCCCUGUCUGAAUGGGGGAACUUGUUUCCACUACAUUGGUAAAUACAAAUGUGAGUGCUCCCCAUCCUUCAUAGGAAGACACUGCGAGAUCAACAGGGGAUCCAAUCCGGCUUUGGAAGAUUUGGACUGUGGCCCCCCUGUUAAACUCAAGCAUGCAGAAGUGCAAUAUUCCACCACUACCUCAGGCUCCACAGCUCUUUAUGCAUGCCACCCAGGCUACAAUCCCCUCCCCAGGGCCACCCAGAGCAUUUGCAGCAGCCAGGGGUCUUGGAGCCAGCCUCCUGUCUGUGAAGAGAUAAAUGAGUGUUUGUCUCAGCCAUGUAUGAAUGGGGGAACUUGUCGUGACAGGGUUGCCUCCUACCUGUGUGAGUGCGAGGAUGGUUUUACUGGCCAGCGCUGUCAGACAGAUAUUGAUGAAUGCCUUUCUGAGCCAUGUAAGCACAGAGGAACAUGUGAGGAUCAUCCUGGCUCUUACUUCUGCCACUGCCAGCUGGGCUAUGCUGGACAAGACUGUGAGAUAGAACAGGAUGGAUGCGAGCCAAAUCCCUGUUUGAAUGGAGGUGUGUGUCGUGGUUACAGGAGGAACCACCUGUGUGUGUGUAAAGAGGGAUAUGUUGGAGAGCGCUGCCAGACAUUGGAGAACCCUUGUGUACUGCACCCAUGUGGGAACCGAGGCAUCUGUUGGAGUGAUAGGAGGGGGAACUACAGCUGUGCCUGCAGGGUGGGCCACACAGGGAGAGACUGUGAGAGAGACCUGUUGCCUCCCUCUGGCCUGCGAGUGUUACGGGUAGAAGAAAAUGAAGUCGAAUUACGCUGGGAUCAGUCAGAUGCCACUCAGAAUUUGAUCAGCGGGUUUGCCGUUGCCUUUGCUCCCAUUGGUCGUGGACCAAAGAAGACAGACUUCCUGGAGAAGCAGCACUCUAAAUAUGUGCUACGGGGCUUGAACCCUGGACAGCUUUACAACAUCUCUACCUUUUCUAUCAAACACAACACCAAUAGCAAGGACAUAAGCCAGCCAGCUUUUGCUCUCAUCCGCACAAGGCCACGUAAGGUGGAAGAGCUGGCGGUAGUGAAUGUGUCAUCCUCUCAGGUAUGGCUGCAGUGGCUGGUGCAGGUUGGCCGUCAAGCUGCAGUCAGUCAGGUCCGAGUGUCCCUGUUGCCUGCAGAUGGGAGUGGACCUCGCACAGCCACACUCAAUAGCAGCAUCACAGAGUACAUGUUUAGCACAUUACUCCCAGGUCAGAUGUACACAGUAGACGUGGUUACACAAAGUGGAUUGCGUCCCGAAGACCUGCCAUCAACCAGCAAAUCUGCUGGCCCACUCCACUUCUGGACCAGGCCCCUCCCCCCUCAGAACCUUUCACUUGCCCAAAUCACCACCACUUCUGCACGGGUGACCUGGGACCGUCAUCCUCGGAGCCUUCCUGAUGGAUUUGUGGUCAAUGUUACUCGAGGCCUCAGCACCCGUAGCCGCUACCUGCCAGAUGGAAGUUUAGGGAUGUAUACCCUACAAGACCUUGUUCCAGGACAGCAUUAUCGGCUAGCACUGACUGCUGUACGCAAAACAGGCCAGGACCACAUUCUGAGUGUCCCUCAACACUUAGCUUUCACCACCCUAUCUCUUGUGAAGAACCAAAGUAGAGGUGACAGACCUCACAGAGAACGAGACUACCAAGUGUGGCCCACCUUGACGCAAAUUCAAGAUGGGGGCACAGCUGAUAACACAGAACUCGUAGAAGAGCCAGUAAGAUAUACAGAGCUUAUUGAUGGUAGGGGGAGGAUUACAGCCAGAUUUACCAACCGUCCACAUAAAACCAUCAGACAUCACAAAAAUCCUGAACCUCCAAUCAAAUUAGAAAAGAUAGAAGAAACCACCAAUAAGAUAAGUCUAGCUCUGGAAAUCGCUGAAGAAGUGACAAACAGUAAAUCUGAGUCAUCCAAAGACUGCAGAACUCAGCCCUGCCAAAAUGGUGGGACGUGUGUGCAGAUCAACGAAUCAUUGAGCUGCAACUGUACAACUGGUUUCAAGGGCAGACGUUGUGAGCUAUAUUGCCAGCGAGUGCCUCACCCAUGUACUCGCCUUUUCUCUGAGACAAAGAGUGUGCCAGUGUGGGAGGAAGGUGUCUGCCAUUAUUUGUACAAAAGAACAUAUAAAGUUCAGCAGGAUGUUUGUUUUAGAGAGAUCUGUGAGCCUUUGCUGCCUAAGAAAACUCUAAGCAGAAGAACUCGAAGACAACAAUGAUAGUGGAGGCUGAAUCAAUUAAGACUUUGGGGAGUAAUGGAUUCUUUCAGUCUUAAUUUAAAUGAGGAUGCAUUCCCAUCAAUAUUGACCCAUUUUUUCAUCACUGGUCAUCUUUCAUUGUCUACACUGUCCUAUGGACGUUUUUACAGCUCCAGUUCUUCCAUACAAUUUUGCAAAUUACCUGCAUCAGAUAGCAUACCUCAAAUGUAAAUAUUUUUGAUAUAUUGGCAUGUAGUGGCCAUCAAGUCCCUCAGGGUAUUUUUCAGAAUUUUGCACCCUUUUUUUGUCCUGUUCCAUCUACCAAACCUGCAAGUCCUCUUCAUUUAACCAUCUGAACUGAUUUAGGCCUUUUCCUCACAACAAGAGUAAACCAAAAUACUGGAAAAAUGCCACACCAUUGUUUCUGUUUGUGUAAAACAAAACUCUCAUCUUGCUACAAUGUAAAUAGUG